UUACCCAUUUUCGGUUUGAUUUCGAAGAACCGGUUCCUCAGCCCCGCGUCGCCGAAACUGUGACUCGAGUGCUGGGGUGUUGGAACCCUUUGAAGAAGUGUGUAGCUAAUAGCCCAUAUAUAAUUCAGAAGACGAACUCUUCAAUGGAAGACCCCCGGGGGAUAAAUGGACAGUCUGUGCAAACAUCUCAAACCAGUUCAGAUGUUGCUGUUUCCUCAAGUUGCAGGUCUAUGGAAAUGCAGGAUCUAACCAGCCCGCAUAGCCGUCUGAGUGGUAGUAGUGAAUCCCCCAGUGGUCCCAAACUCGAUAACUCUCAUAUAAAUAGUAAUUCCAUGACUCCCAAUGGCACCGAAGUUAAAACAGAGCCAAUGAGCAGCAGUGAAAUAGUUUCAACAACAGCAGACGGGUCUUUAGACAAUUUCUCAGGUUCAGCAAUUGGGAGCAGUAGCUUCAGCCCAAGACCAACUCACCAGUUUUCCCCACCACAGAUAUAUCCUUCCAACAGACCAUACCCACAUAUUCUCCCUACUCCUUCCUCACAAACUAUGGCUGCAUAUGGGCAAACACAGUUUACCACAGGAAUGCAACAAGCUACAGCAUAUGCCACGUACCCACAGCCGGGACAGCCAUACGGAAUUUCCUCAUAUGGCAUCAAGACUGAAGGUGGAUUGUCACAAUCUCAGUCACCUGGACAAACAGGAUUUCUCAGCUAUGGCACGAGCUUUGGCACCCCUCAACCUGGACAGGCACCCUACAGCUACCAGAUGCAAGGUAGCAGUUUUACAACAUCAUCAGGAUUAUAUACAGGAAAUAAUUCACUCACAAAUUCCUCUGGAUUUAACAGUUCACAGCAGGACUAUCCAUCUUACCCCAGUUUCGGCCAGGGUCAGUACGCACAGUAUUAUAACAGCUCCCCAUAUCCAGCACAUUAUAUGACAAGCAGCAAUACCAGCCCCACGACACCAUCUACAAAUGCCACUUACCAGCUUCAAGAACCACCAUCUGGCAUCACCAGUCAAGCAGUUACAGAUCCCGCAGCAGAGUACAGCACAAUCCACAGCCCAUCCACACCCAUCAAAGAUUCAGAUUCUGAUCGAUUGCGACGAGGUUCAGAUGGGAAGUCACGAGGACGGGGUCGACGAAACAAUAAUCCUUCACCUCCCCCAGAUUCUGAUCUUGAGAGAGUAUUCAUCUGGGAUCUGGAUGAGACAAUCAUUGUUUUCCAUUCCUUGCUUACCGGGUCCUAUGCCAACAGAUAUGGGAGGGAUCCACCUACUUCAGUUUCCCUUGGACUGAGAAUGGAAGAAAUGAUUUUCAACUUGGCAGACACACAUCUAUUUUUUAAUGACUUAGAACAAAAUGCACCUUAUUUAAUAGAAGAGCCAAAAUCAUUUGAAAAAUGCCAGUGUGUGACAGAACUUAAAUGCGGAAAGGAAAGCUGUUUUGAAAGGAUAAUCCAAAGGUUUGGAAGAAAAGUGGUAUAUGUUGUUAUAGGAGAUGGUGUUGAAGAAGAACAAGGUGCAAAAAAGCACGCCAUGCCCUUCUGGAGGAUCUCCAGUCACUCGGACCUCAUGGCCCUACAUCACGCCUUGGAACUGGAGUACCUGUAACAGCCACAUAGCACUUUGAAACUGCAUAACUGCCCUGUAAUCAGGGAUAAAUCCAGCAGGUCUGAGUCUUGUGUCAGCACCGGACUACAGAACUUAGCGAUUUCAAUAUAGUGACGACGCGCAGCUGCUGUGGGUCUUCACCUCUGCCCUUGUGGUAAAUGAAGGACCGCAUCUUUUUCUCAGAACAGCUGUUGACUCUAGUACUGUGAAUCAAAUGAAAAAUAAGCCAUGAGAAUGUUCUAGCACAGUGUAAUGUGUCUUUGCCACAUUUACUACAUGGUUCAAACCUGUGAUGAAAGGACCUGCAAACACUUAAGUUUUUAGCAUCGUCAAUGUGACAUAAACAUCUUCUCCAAUACAGUAAACUUGAUUGCACAACAGAGACUGAAAUAUGUUUCCUGAAUACCAGUGGGGGAAUUUUCUUGUAAGAAGGUUUACUUUAUGGUGUCUCAUACCCAGGGUAAUCUCUACAUCUCUACUUAUUUAUGAACAGACUUAAAGAAAAACAGCUUUAUUGAGGUAUAAUUCAUUCAAAUAGACUUUUUGACAUCAAAUAAAGACAAUGGCAUAAUAAGCAAUUAAUGGCCUUUGCCUCAAGACACAGCAAGUACUUUGAAUUUUAGCACAUUGCAAAGUAGUUUAAAGUAUGUCUAAUUUAAACGUAUAAUAUGUACAUCACUGAGACAAUCAUGUACAGAAAGAAUUUUUGGUGUAAAUUUGUAAUAAUGGAUGAUUCUUUUACAUAUUGUUUUGGGAAAUGAUAUUGAAAGGUAGCAAUACCUUGAUAGUGAAGUAUGAGGCAAUAUGUGCACAAAUGCAUGUGCAGUGCCUUAUUGAAGUACGUGAUAUAAAUAUGUAGAUACUGGAUUUUUUUUUUAGGUAAUGUUGUCAAGACCAAAAGCAUGGAUGUCAAGUGUCAAUAGGAACUUGUUCUCCAAAUUUUUUUCCCUAUCAGUCUUUUUAUGCUAUUAGGAGGAACUUGUUGAAAUAACACAGCAGUGUCUUAAAUAAUUUGAAUAUAAAGAGUCCUCUUACAACCUCACUUUUUUUCAUUUUUAACA